AGGCUCCUCGGUCACCGGUGCGCCAUUUGGGCUUCCGCAACCUGUUCUCAAUGCGCUCAUAAAUCAGGCAUUGCUAUCCGCUGUAUAUAAACGGCUCCACCUUUCCUGUAUGGUAAUCACCCAUUCAACCGAGCAGAGCAAGGAGAAGCUCAAACAGCAAAGGGCGGAUAUGGUGAAGAUACUGGAGAUCGGACUGGGGCGGCUCGACGCCGAGGAGGACGACGACUGCUGCGAGAUAGACCCCGCCGAGUUCGCCAAGAAGGUGAAUCGCAAAGCAUCAGAUGACGACGACGUGGUCGUCGUUGCGGCCAAAGGCCCGAUCAAAGUCAAGGUGGAAUUAGAUUGGUCGGAGCAUUCCGCAGAAACUUUGGAUGGACGCGCCAACAGUAAUGGCGGCCUGCAUGGACGCAUCGCUGGUGAUCGCUUGGAUAACCCUUUGAAGAUUGAAGAAGAUGAACCAACUAUCCAUCAGAUGGGGCCUCUUGAGGCCAAGCCUGAUGUCAAAAGCAUCCCUGGCGAGCCACUGCUGGUGAUGUCCGAUUCCGAAUUGCCCUUUGGGGGGCUCUUCGCUGACAUGUGCCCGGUGAAGAGCGAACUUGAAGAUGGCAACGGCGCAGAUGAUGUCUCUGCUGAAGCCAUCCCCGACGUGCCGUUGCCCAACAUCGUUCCUGACAUGUCGCCGGUGAAGUGUGAACCUGAAGAUGGCACCAGUGGUGCUGAUGAGCAUGAACUCUCUGAGGAGGAAGUCAUGCCUGAGAUAUCGCUGCUGAAGUGUGACUCUGAAUGCUUCGAGGAAGUCGUCAAUCCUGGCAUGUCGCCGGCAAAGAAGUGUGAGACUGAAGGCGGCGCCGGUGCUGUGGGUGAACCCAUCAAGGAGGAAAUCAUCCCUGACAUGUCGCCGCUGAAAUGCGGGUCUGGAUGCUUUGAGGAGGACGUCAUUCCUGACUUGUCGCCAAUAACGCGCAACAGUGGCACUGAUGAACUCUUCAAGGAGAAAACCAUCCCUGACAAGCCACUGCUGAAGUCUGAAUCUAAAUACUUUGAGGAUGUUACUGUUCCUGUCAUGUCGCCAAUAAAGCAUGAUGAUCAUGGUGCCGAUGAGCGUGUUGGAGAAGAAGAUGGGUAUGACCAUCUCCCAGAGAUGGAUAGACUCAACCCUGAGGGAAGAGAUUUUGAUGAAGACGGUGACUACGUUGUCGUAGUAGCGAAAGAGGCUCUCUGA